AUGGGUGACUGGAGUUUCUUGGGGAACAUUUUAGAAGAAGUGAAUGAGCACUCCACAGUCAUCGGGAGAGUCUGGCUCACUGUGCUCUUCAUUUUUCGAAUCCUGAUUCUGGGAACAGCUGCUGAAUUUGUCUGGGGAGAUGAACAGUCAGACUUUGUGUGCAACACACAGCAGCCUGGUUGUGAGAAUGUCUGCUACGAUGAGGCCUUCCCUAUUUCCCACAUCCGGCUCUGGGUCCUGCAGAUCAUCUUUGUCUCUACCCCUUCACUGGUGUACGUGGGGUACGCGGUGCAUCAUGUACGGAUGGCGGAGAAGAAGAGAGAGAGGGAGCGGGCAGAAAGGCAACAGCAAGCUGAGAUGGAUGAAGAGAGGCUACCCCUGGCUCCAGACCAAGAGAGCACCAGGAACACCAAUGAAAUCAACCCCAAAGGGGCCAAGAAGUUCCGACUGGAGGGAACACUCCUGGGAACCUACAUCUGUCACAUCAUUUUCAAAGCCAUUUUCGAGGUGGGGUUCAUAGUGGGCCAGUACUUCUUAUAUGGCUUCCGAAUUCUGCCCCUGUACCGCUGUGGCCGGUGGCCCUGCCCCAACCUUGUGGACUGCUUUGUAUCCAGGCCCACUGAGAAGACAGUCUUCAUUAUGUUUAUGCUGGCCGUGGCCUCAGUAUCCCUCAUCCUCAACCUUGUGGAGAUCAGUUACUUGAUCUUGAAAAGGAUCCGCCUGGUUUUCAGGAGGCCAACAGAAGAACAACAGAGGGAGAUCCCAGAGAAGCCCCUCCACUCCAUUGCAGUCUCUUCCAUUCAGAAGGUCAAGGGCUACAGGCUGCUGGAGGAGGAGAAGCCAGUGUCCCACUAUUUACCUUUGACAGAAGUGGGGGUAGAAGCUGGUCCCCCUCCAUCUUCUUUCAAUGACUUGGAUGAGAAGCUUGGUAUGGGGCCCCUGGAAGACCUAUCCAGGGCCUUUGAUGAGAGGUUGCCUUCCUAUGCUCAAGCAGAAGAGCAGAAAGAGGAGAAGGUAGAAGCAGGGGAAGAGGAACAGGAACCAGAAGAAGAGCAGGAGGUGGAGAAGGUGGUAGAGGAGCAGGAGCCACCAGGAGAGGAACUGCCUUCAGUGCCUGUAGAACUGACAGCUGAUACGAGACCUCCCAGCAGGCUAAGCAAAGCCAGCAGCCGGGCCAGGUCAGAUGAUUUGACUGUAUAA